GGAACUUUACAACGGCGGAUUUGAUGCCAGUCCCAAACAGCUGGUUAGCAUUGUCGGCUAAGAUGCUAGCAGGGUCGCUCUGUUUUUGUAGUGUGUCACGAUGGCAGCUCAACCAAAACAUUAGCACAAACGCUAAAUUAAAACAAUGCGGUGCUUUUAAUUAAUACGACGAUAAUUCAGUUGAAGGAACUAAUAAUUAGCGAGUUUGCUAACGAGCGCUUAGCCCUGUUAGCCUCGUUCCCAACAACAACAGCAGCAGCAGCUGUCAACUCUGAGUCCUUCCACUUUGGCCCUCACAGAUUAUUACGUUAAAUUAAAAUAAAUCCAAAUGGAAACAGCCGCACCCAAGCGAAGAGAUAACAAGAAAUCACUGCGUGUGAAGGUAAUCAGCCUCGGAAAUGCCGAGGUCGGAAAGAGCUGCAUUAUCAAACGCUACUGUGAGAAGAGGUUUGUUCCCAAGUACCUGGCCACCAUUGGCAUCGACUAUGGAGUCACCAAAGUGCAGGUUCGCGACAGAGAAAUCAAAGUGAACAUCUUUGACAUGGCCGGCCAUCCUUUCUUCUAUGAGGUGCGUAACGAGUUCUACAAGGACAGUCAGGGGGUCCUGCUGGUCUACGACGUCGGCCUCAGGGAGAGCUUCGACGCUCUCGACAGCUGGCUGGGGGAGAUGAAACAGGAAAUGGGCUCUCAGGCCAACAUGGACAGCAUCGUGUUCGUCGUCUGCGCCAACAAGGUGGACCUGACGAAGCGGCGGGUGGUGGACGAGGGGGAAGGCCGUCUGUGGGCGGAGUCCAGAGGGUUUCAUUACUUUGAAACGUCAGCACAGAGCGGAGAGGGAAUCAACGAGAUGUUUCAGGCGUUCUUCUCGUCCAUCACCGACAUGUGUGAGAAUGGCGGGAAGCGUCCAGUGUCCGAGGUCAGCGUCGGCUUCACCAAAGAGCAGGCAGACACCAUCCGACGCAUCCGAAACAGCAAGGACUCGUGGGACAUGCUGGGGGUCAAACCCGGGGCCACGCGGGAGGAGGUGAACAAGGCGUACAGGAAGUUGGCCGUGCUGCUGCACCCGGACAAAUGCGUCGCCCCCGGCAGCGAGGACGCCUUUAAGGCCGUGGUGAACGCCCGCACGUCACUGCUGAAGAACAUUAAAUAGCACGGAAACACACACACCUGACACCUUGGACCUCAUGUCUCUCAGACGUGGACUGAAGAGGGACACUCAGCCGAUUGGACAGCGUUUAUUUAUCAGUCUAUUUAUUCAGCGUGAAGGUCUCGUGUGCCAUGUUGCUCGCCACAGUGCUGUACGCCAACACCACGCCUGGUUCAUGACCAGUUUUAACUUAUUUACUGCAUUUUAAUUAUGUGUGUGUGUGUGUGUGUGUGCGCAAGUUAUCCAAUUUACAGCAACCUUAACUUAAAACAGCAAGUUUGAAGCCGGACUUCUGAGGCUUUAAGUUGCGGCUGACGUCGUCGUGCUUCCUGUUGGCGGUGAUGAUGAUGUCAGCGGGGCGGCGGGUCUGAGCGGACAUCCGGUUCAGAUCCCAGACGGCGUCACAGGUUUCAGUCAGUGCGGAGGUCCUGUUCCGGUCUCACGGCUCACAGAUCGGGUCGGUUCGGGUCCCGUCCGACAUGAAGCGACCGAUUUGUUCCCUCGUGGUACCAAAUCCCUGACAUCACUUCCUGUCCAACGUCUCAUUUGUUCACUGAAGUCAUUAAAUGGUUGUUUCUGUGUCGUGGAGAGUCACAGUCCACAUCACUCAUUUCCUGUGGGACUUUUUAAUAAAACUUUACCUCCGACUGUUUAUUGGCUCUAAACCAAACUAAGGAGGAGCUAAAGUGUCCCUGAAGUCCCUCCAGCGGUUCCACAUCAGCGUGUUGUGUGUUCUGACCACGUCUUGUUUGUCCAGCGUGACGACGAGUCCGGUCUUCAUCAUCAUCAUCAUCAUCAUCACGGUCACUGAGGCUCGGUGUGUUUCAGGAAUGUGUGUCUGACUGAACUUAUUCACGGCGUCUCGUCCCUCGUGACUGGACCUGAAAACGAGUUUGUCUCGCACUUAAUUCAUCGGCUGUGUUGAUGAUGCGUUUCCUGUCCGUGACCCCCUUUAAGGUCACGCUGACAGAAGAGCAGAGGAAGAAGAAACUUGACUUUAACCACCUUACAAAGCAACUUGUUUAGAAGUUUUCCUCUCAAGUGUGACGCGAGUGUGUGUGUGUCUGUGUGUGCGUGUGCACGCGCGUGUUUGUGUGUGUGUGUGUGUGUGUGUGUGUGUGUGUUCCAGUCUCACUGUGGUUCAUGUAAGUGCACGUUUUACUGGAUUGAAAUAAUAAAAAGCCAAAAAUGA